CUUCCUAUCAUCGAUUCGUAUUCGGUAACACGUAAAACGUGACUGUGCCAAUUAGAAAAACAUCAUUCAGAGAAGUGAUCGUACGUUAAAACCCAUUGUAAGAUUGUUUUUUCGCAUUAAAUUGUCGAGUAUUAUUAACGCAGUAAAGAAUUGUGCAUUAAGACGAAGCCUAAGUGACAUACGGCGAUUGUUGUGACAGAAGCGUUGAGAAAGUUUCGAUUGAAAGGUCUACAAAAAAAAAAAAAAAAAAAAAAAAAAAAAUUGAUAUUUCGCGCAUUGACGUGUAAAAAGGAAGUAUUAGACGGAAAAGUAUAUACAUACAUAUAUACAUAUAUACGUACAUACUAUCCAUAGACGAAGGUAGGAGGAAGAACGACAGAGGAGAAAGAAGGAAGAAGAAAGUCGCUGUGUCAGAGAGUUUGUGUCUCGUGCCAUUAGCACGAGAGAAACGAUGAAGUUUGAAUACAAGGAGGGGCAUCCUUUCGAGAAGAGAAAGGCUGAGGGUGAAAAGAUACGACGAAAGUAUCCGGACAGGGUGCCUGUGAUCGUUGAAAAGGCACCUAAAGCCAAAAUUAGUGAUUUGGAUAAACAAAAAUAUCUUGUACCAUCUGACCUGACUGUUGGACAAUUUUACUUCCUAAUCCGCAAGAGGAUUCACCUUCGCCCAGAGGAUGCUUUAUUCUUCUUUGUUAACAAUAUCAUUCCUCCUACAAGCGCAACCAUGGGAUCUCUAUAUGCGGAACAUCACGAGGAGGACUUCUUCCUAUACAUAGCUUACAGCGAUGAAAAUGUGUAUGGGCACUAAAUAAUUGAGAUGUUGGUAAAUGCCAAAAAAAUUAAAAAGGAAAAAAAAA